AUGGAAGGACAGCAAGCCGAACCGAAAUUAUCUCUGGACGCUCCGAUCCCGCUAUCGUUUCCCUCAUUGUUGCGCAAUCCCGGGGUCUCGAGUCGUUAUGCUCAUCUGUACGAACCUCAUUUCAAAGCUACACCGCCUGACACUCCCAGGAUACCCAAGAAGACGAGAAGAGAUGAGAACGGUGGAAGACGAUGGGUGAGAAGGAAGGAGAACGCUCAAUUUAUCGACAACCCCCAUGUUGUGGCUGCGACCAGAAAAGACUAUUUGAUAGAAGCCACGCCGGUGAAAGUCACUUUUCCAGAACCUCUACCACCUUAUCUUUCUCGCUCUGCCAAGGUGCCUUCCAGGCUUGCCCCAGAGCUCGAUGCAAAGUCUGCGAACGCAGGGAGGUUCUCUAUGAGCUUGAAAGGAAUGAGAAGAGACUUGCGAAAAUGUGGGUACCGUGCUGAAGUUCUAGUGGGGGACAUAGAAACCGAGAUCAUGGCGUGGUUGGAUGCUGGAGGGGCUGUUGUUGCGCCAAAUCUCCAUGAAGACGUUCUGCAGUCACCAGGAAGAUCACUAGGCAACACUCACACCGUCCUUGAAGUCUCUCGGACACCAUUACAGCUCGUCUGGGAUACAGCAGGCGAUCCUUUUGCCCGCUAUGUCGUUCACUGCUGUGCAAGAUUUCAUAAUGUGGUCAGUUACAGUAAAGAUGUCUCCGGAAGGCGCCUCACCUACAUGCUACGUCCAAACGUAACACGACCAGACCAUAAUGCUGCGAUUGGAUUAGAUACACCACCCGCAACAGACAUCGACACUUCGUCCCAAUUUGCCUCAGAUUCAGACUUCCAUUCGGAUUUGGACUCGCCCUCUGAUUUGGCAGAGUCGGAUCAUGAACGUGAAGUGCCCCAUCUAUCGACUAUUAUCGAGACAUCAACACCGAUAUCGUCUGCUUUUUCGGACGAGAAUUGGUCGGUUAUAGGUGGAUCUGAUAUGGAUGGAGACGAGUCAGAGAAUGGCAGUGGCUUGUUGGACAGUCUCGCUUCUUUGACUAUCCAUGGACAGUGUCCCGAUAGGAUUUUGGGUACUAUCUCUUCCACGCCAGCGUCGAUGCGUUCACGCCUCGAGGACAGGCGACAACACCUUCGAUCCACCUCGUCACCGUCCCGAUCGCCAGCUCGUCGAGCGGCAAGGCGUCCACAAUCUGGUCUCAAUGUACGGACACGACCAGCAAGAACCUUGUAUAACUUGAUUUACGGUUCCUAG